AUGGGGCCCGUGGACACUUCCGAACGCUUGUCGAAGCUCAGGCAGUUGAUGGGGGAGCACAAGGUGGAUGUAUACAUCGUUCCCUCAGAAGAUAGCCAUCAGUCGGAAUACAUUGCGCCGUGUGAUGCUCGUCGAGAGUUUAUUUCUGGUUUCUCUGGUUCGGCCGGCACUGCCCUUGUGUCCAUGACCAAAGCAGCUCUGUCCACAGACGGGCGAUACUUCAAUCAAGCUUCCAAGCAGCUGGACCAAAACUGGACUCUUUUGAAACGAGGGGUUGAAAAUGUUCCGACUUGGCAGGAAUGGACGACCGAGCAAGCGGAGGGUGGUAAGGCCGUUGGUGUGGACCCGGCCUUGUUCACAGCUUCGGAUGCGCGCAAACUCGCCGAGACCUUGGAGAAGAAUGGAUCCUCGUUGGUGGGAAUUCAACAGAACCUGGUCGACCUGGUCUGGGGCAAGGACCGGCCUGCAGCUCCAAGAGAGCUGGUCAAAGUCCACCCGCUGAAAUAUGCGGGAAAGAGUUUCCAGGAGAAAAUCGGCGAUCUCCGUAAGGAGCUUGAGAACAAGAAGAAAGCUGGAUUUGUUAUAUCCUUGCUCGAUGAGAUUGCAUGGUUGUUUAACCUGAGAGGAAAUGAUAUCCCAUACAACCCCGUUUUUUUCGCGUAUGCCAUUGUCACACCAAUCACCGCCGAGCUCUAUAUCGACGACGACAAAUUGACACCGGAAGUUAAGUCUCACUUGGGCCAAGAUGUUAUAAUAAAGCCCUAUGACUCUAUCUUUGCCGACGCCAAGGCCCUUAGCGAGUCCAGAAAGCAGGCUGCAGGGGAGGAAGGCGCCAAGUUCCUGCUGUCCAACAAAGCUUCCUGGGCGCUGAGCCUCAAUUUGGGGGGCGAGGAACAGGUUGAGGAAAUCCGCAGCCCUAUCUCGGACUCUAAGGCUGUCAAGAACGAAACAGAACUCAAUGGAAUGCGGGCUUGCCACGUCAGAGACGGCGCUGCUUUGACGGAAUAUUUCGCUUGGCUUGAGAACGAAUUGAUUAACAAGAGAUCGACCCUUGAUGAAGUCGACGCUGCGGACAAGUUGGAGCAGACUCGGGCUAAACACGACCUUUUCGUCGGCCUGUCAUUCGACACCAUUUCUUCUACCGGUGCCAACGCAGCGGUGAUUCAUUACAAGCCGGAGAAGGGGGCUUGCUCCGUCAUUGAUCCCAAUGCCGUCUACCUGUGUGACUCUGGUGCCCAGUACUUGGACGGCACCACCGAUGUGACUAGAACAUACCAUUUUGGAACACCAACUGCACUUGAGAAGAAAGCCUUCACACUGGUCCUCAAGGGGCUCAUCGGUAUAGACUCUGCCGUUUUCCCGAAGGGUACAACCGGAUUUGCGCUGGAUGUCCUUGCCAGACAAUUUUUGUGGAAGGAAGGACUCGAUUACCUCCACGGAACCGGCCACGGUGUUGGUUCUUAUCUAAAUGUUCAUGAAGGACCUAUGGGUAUCGGCUCUCGUGUUCAAUAUACCGAGGUACCUAUUGCCUCCGGUAAUGUCAUUUCUGAUGAACCUGGAUUUUACGAAGACGGCAAGUUCGGAAUCCGUAUUGAGAACAUCAUUAUGGCGCGUGAAGUGCAAACAAACCACAACUUUGGCGACAAGACAUGGUUAGGCUUCGAGCACGUUACCAUGACUCCUAUCGACAAUAACCUCAUUGAACCGUCCCUCUUGUCAGGUGUUGAGAUCGAAUGGAGGAGUGCGCAAUUUGUUAUGAGCGGCAGAAGUGGUUACGCUAACGGAUACGGGUAUUCCGACGCCGGGGGAUACGACCGCAGCGAUGGCGGGUACAGCAACCUAGGUGCCAAUGGAUUUGGAAGCAAUCGCUCAGGUGGAUAUGGUGGAUUUGACUAUGAAUCGUCGCAGCAGUCUUCCAUUCUACCCCCAACGCAAUCGCCAGAGCGGCACCGAGAACGAAUGGAUCGAGGUCGACAACCGCCGUCUUCCUCGCGAUCGCGGACGAGGGAAGGGGACAUGUUACAUCCUACGAGGGAUGGUCGGAGCCCUGGAGAUGCGAAUGUACUACGAUCGAUCCAGCGCGAGUGGGAUUUCAUGUCUUCCGACGAUUGCGUACCAGUGCAGGUCGCUCUGAGCUUGAUGGAUACGAGUACUCUUGGGAAAGCUGAUCGCGAGCCGGACUUCUUGGACAUGCACGAUCGGAUUCAGAAGACGCUUAAGUCCAUUGUGAACGAGCAUCACCAGGGAUUCAAUAGUUCCAUUGGUACAUACCACAAAAUUCAAUCGAAUCUACAAAGCUCGCAGGGUCGGGUGCGUACGCUCAGGAGUGCGCUUGAUGAGGCGAAAGCCGGAUUGCUUUCAACCAAGCCCGAGUUGAAGGGGCUAGCGACAUCGUCCCAGAAAUACGACGACAUCAUCCAGUUGUUCAACCAGAUUCAAGAAAUCCAGUCGCUUCCAGAGAAGCUCGAGUCCCGGAUAUCCGACAAGCGAUUCCUUGCGGCAGUUGAAGUGCUCCACGAUGCGUUCCGACUUUUGCGUCGCUCAGAGCUCGAGAACAUUGGAGCACUGGGAGACAUUCGCGCGUAUUUUAGCAACCAAGAAAUCUCGCUUACCGAUAUCCUGGUUGAGGAGUUGCACGAUCAUCUGUAUCUUAAAUCACCAUAUUGCUCCGACCGGUGGAAGCCACCAGCAUCCGACAACGACGGCAGCAGGAAUCCACAUGCCUGGACCGGGAAUGGAUCUUGGGAAAGACCCGUUUUUGGGUUUCUUGCUAAAUUAGAUGCUUCCUCACCUUUGGUCGAAGAUGCGUCCCGGAACCCGGAAGCUGAUACCUUCCAGUACAUUCGGUUGCUGAUUGAAGCCUUGAAUAAGAUGGGCAAUUUGGAUAUUGCAGUCAACCAGAUCGAGCAGCGACUUCCUGUGGAACUUUUCACCGUUGUAGACAAGACAAACGCCGAGAUCGAUACACGGUACCCUAGCUCUCCUCGCGGCUUUGCCCAAGAAAACACGGCCGACUCGCCAACAGAGGCUAUUGAAAAGCGCGGUCAUGUUCUGGCAGAAUAUCUGUGGACAUUGUAUUCCAAGUUUGAGGCGAUUGCCGAAGGUCAUCGUGUCCUGCAUGAUGUGAUUGCUGGUAUUGUUGAACGUGAAGGGAUUCCCAAGGGCAGUGCUCUUUCUGGCGGUUUCAAGGAGUUGUGGAAGCUGUACCAGAGCGAGAUUCGGUCUCUUAUGCAUGAUUAUUUGGCUACGGAUGGCGAGUCGUCCAUUCGGCCAGAUGAGACUGACAAUAAGCGCCACAUUUACAAUGGCCAAAGAGAUAAGAACAAAAAAAUGUUCAAACUGUCCGAAAUCGGCCGCAACACGGAGAUGAAAGUCGAGCAAGACGAAUUGGACGAGAUUAUCCAAACUUCAGUCCCCGGCUUGGUAUCCAAGUCGAGGCAGAGAGCAGUCACCAUGGACAACUCGCAAUCAAGGCAAGGGAAUUCUGGAACUGGACAUAAGAUUCUCAUCGAACCGAGCGUGUUCAACAUGGGUCUCCUUCUUCCUCCAUCCCUUCAAUUUAUCCAGAAACUUAAGGAUAUCGUUCCGGUGGACUCGGAAAUCGCUAUGAGCACCUUGACCUCUUUCUUGGACGACUUCCUUGUUCACGUCUUCCUUCCUCAAUUGGACGAGACCGUUACGGAUCUGUGUACGCUCAGCUUCAUUGCGCCGGACGCAUUUACUGAAGAUCCUCACUGGUCGGAGGUGUCCCCUCGGCCUAUUUUCAAAGGUACGGUCAAAUUUAUGUCUAUCAUCAAGGAGUUCAGUAAAAUGCUUUCCAGCAUCCCUCACGACCCGGCAUUUACGCAACUGGUCAUCACCCAGAUUGUGACCUUUUACGACAAGUGCUUUGGAUGGUACAAAGCCAUCGUGGCCAAGGUUUCACGUCGGGCUGAUGCCGGUGUCAAACUCAAAGCCGCUGCAUCGUACAUCGAACCAGGUGCCAUUCGGGAUGUGGUCAGCGAACUAAGAGCGGGAAGUGGUAACAAGUCGGAACUCAUCGACAAGGAAACCGACCUCCUUAUCAAACGCACCGAUGAAGUGCCGCUAGAACCAUACGAUAUCAUCUCCGACCCGAAAACAGUUGCUGCCCUGUCUCUUCUAUACAACAGCAUGCAAUGGCUCUCGAGCCACCUCUCCAAACUCCGCAAAAUAACAGCCCCCUCAUCUGACGCAACCCAACAAAACUCCCGCGUUCACACCUCCGGCCCAGCCCCCCGCCGCUGGACCCUCGUCGGCGCCGCCAUGAAGCCCAAACACGACCACAGCCAACAACAACAAAUCUACCUCCCUCUCAACACCGAAACCGCCCAAGCUUUCGACACAACCCUCCAAUCUCUCCGCGACCUCGCCUCCAGCACCCUCUUUGCCCUCCACGUCGACAUCCGCUGCGGCGUUAUCCACAUGCUCACUCGCACGAUGGCCGGCCCCAACACCCAAGCAGGAAGCCGAACCUCCGAACCAACAACCCCCUCCCCCAACACAGACAACAACUGGUGGCACAUCAUCGCCAACCCACCCACCGCCGCCUCAGCUACAGUCCUAGAACUAAACAACGACCUCAUCGCCUUUGACACAAACGUCUCCGUGUCCCUGGGACCCUCGGAACGCUGGUUCAUAACCUCUGGGCUGGCGCGCUUCAUCGACCGCACCUUCGUCUCCUGCACGCGACACAUCGGCGCGAUGAACGAAAAUGGCGCUCUACGUCUCCAACUCGACGUCCUCGUUCUGCAGCAGAACCUAAAAAACAUCAUAAUCUACCACCCAGAUCACAACCCGCUCUCCUCGCACGCCCCCGAGCCAGAUACAGAGAACCACCAACCCCAAGAAACAUCGGAAGAAGUAGUCGCGCUCCCUCUCAGCGCAAAAUUCCUGGACUGGUUCCUCGAAGGCGCGAUGAAGGCUCUCGACUACGCAAAGGAAGAGAAGGAGCCUUUUGCGGCAGAUAGUGCUAAGGCGUUGGAUAGUGGGAAUGGGGAGCCGUUUACAUAUGAUGAGUUGAGGGUUUUGGUUGAUUUGUGCUUCUCGGAUGUGUUGCGCGGGCCUCGCGGGGCGGAGGACCGAGAGGGGUUUAUGGCUGCGAAGAAGGCGAGUGCGGAUGCAUUGUUGAGGUUGAAUGAGAUUAUGUGGGAUUCGAGAUGA